AUGUACCCUACAAUUCAGUGUAAAAGGAUCCUCUGCGAGUUCCGCUGGCUGCCCUCCCAGAUGCUGCUGUGGGCACCAGCCCUCAAGCCCCUGGGGAGCCGGACCCCCAGCACCGUGACAGCUGUGGCCCGGACCCAUCCAGAAGCUGCAUCGAGACCCGGGAGGACCCUGCAGGACACCAAGGGCAAGCUGCGUCGCUCCGGCCCUCGGAGCAGCGCGCGGAGGGGGGCGAGUCUGCCUUGUCCUGGGUCCCACACGGAGUACGGGCCCUGGCGAGUGGUAGGCUGCUCAGUGAGGCAGUGGCUACUCCUGUCUGCGUACGGACGCCCCCUGCCGGUGGACUUCGCGGUGCUGCAGCUGGUGUUCACGGAUAAGAAACUAGCGGUCCAGAGAGGCCGGGACAACAAAGUCUGUGACGUCACUGUCCAGAGCAUUGGAGCCUACAGUCGCCGAGUCCCGGUGGAGUUAACAACCGUCUCUGGAACACAAGAAAGUGUGACCGAGAACCCAGCAGACGUGGAGAUUGAGAGACUGGGCGAGGGCGAGCUGCUGGGCAUUCGGAAUAACCAGAGUACCAUGACCAAAAUCGCCGGCAUGCCACCGUCACCCACUCGUGGCUUUUACUGGGAUCCCCCUGCCGCCAGCAUACUGACUGACUCUCGGCUCCCCCAGAUGCAUGCCUGUCCCCUUCCUGAGGGCUCCCCUCAGUGUCACCUCUUCCCAGGAGCCCCCGGGGGCCACCCCGUCCUCUACGACCACAUCCUGCCCGUGUCUGCCCCAUGCACGGAGCAGCCUGCUUGGCAGGGCCGAAGGACAGGAGCUGGGCGGGCUGUGGACCCAGCAUUCCCCCCACCAACGCCACCAGGAGGUGCCUCGUGGCUCUUCCGGGCCCCAGGGGAGCCAUGGGAGACCUCCGGCCCUGAAUCCGCCAACAGCUGUGACCACUUCAGCUAUUUUAAACCCGUGGGCACCAGGAAACUCCUGUCCCGUCAGCCAGGCACGGCGCCCAACACCGCGGGCUGCAGCCAGGGCAGUCCGCACACUGCCAUCUCACUGCGCGAUCCUCACCUGCUGCUGAGCCACCGGUUACUUCAGGGAGGUGGGAAAGGGGGUGCUGGCUGCCGGCCGGGCAGCGGCGGCGCAGGCGGCUGCAGCGCGCUCACCUGCUGCAGGUGCUCCCGGCGGCGGCGGCGGCGGCGGCGGACGGGCGAGCGAGGGCCAGAGGCGGGGCAGUGCGGACAGGCAGGCGGGAUGCUGCGCGAGCGGACGGUGCGGCUGCAGUACGGGAGCCGCGUGGAGGCGGUGUACGUGCUGGGCACGCCACUCUGGAUCGAUGUCUACAGCGCGGCCCCAGCCGAGGCCCAGACCUUCAGCCUGAAGCACUCAGAGCGCGUGCGCGUCGAGGUGGUGCGGGACGGGGAGGCCGAGGAGGUGGCCACCAAUGGCAAACAGCGCUGGCUCCUGUCACCCAGCACCACACUGCGCCUCACCAUGGGCCAGGCGAGCACCGAGGCCAGCAGCGACAAGGUCACCGUCAACUACUACGACGAGGAAGGCAACGCCCCCAUCGACCAGGCCGGGCUCUUCCUCACGGCCAUCGAGAUCUCCCUGGACGUGGACGCAGAUCGGGAUGGCGUGGUGGAGAAGAACAACCCACAGAAGGCGUCCUGGACAUGGGGCCCCGAAGGCCAUGGGGCCAUCCUGCUGGUGAACUGUGACCGCGACACGCCCUGGCUGCCCAAGGAGGACUGCAGCGAUGAGAAGGUGUACAGCAAGGAAGACCUCAAGGACAUGUCCCAGAUGAUCCUGCGCACCAAAGGCCCUGACCGCCUGCCCGCCGGCUACGAGAUAGUCCUCUACAUUUCCGUGUCGGACUCGGACAAAGUGGGCGUGUUCUACGUGGAGAACCCGUUCUUCGGCCAGCGCUACAUCCACAUCCUGGGCCGGCGGAAGCUGUACCACGUGGUCAAGUACACGGGCGGCUCGGCCGAGCUGCUGUUCUUCGUGGAAGGCCUGCGUUUCCCGGACGAGGGCUUCUCGGGCCUGGUGUCCAUCCAUGUCAGCCUGCUGGAGUACAUGGCCGAGGAGGUCCCGCUGACACCCAUCUUCACGGACACCGUGACAUUCCGGGUUGCUCCGUGGAUCAUGACCCCCAACAUCCUGCCUCCCGUGUCGGUGUUUGUGUGUUGCAUGAAGGACAAUUACCUGUUCCUGAAGGAGGUGAAGAACCUGGUGGAGAAAACCAACUGCGAGCUGAAGGUGUGCUUCCAGUACAUGAACCGCGGCGACCGCUGGAUCCAGGAUGAAAUUGAAUUUGGCUACAUCGAGGCCCCCCACAAAGGCUUCCCGGUGGUGCUGGACUCCCCCCGAGAUGGCAACCUGAAGGACUUCCCCAUAAAACAGCUCCUGGGCCCGGAUUUCGGCUACGUGACCCGAGAGCCUGUCUUCGAGACCGUCACCAGUCUGGACUCCUUUGGGAACCUGGAGGUCAGCCCGCCAGUGACCGUGAAUGGCAAGACGUACCCCCUCGGCCGGAUCCUCAUCGGGAGCAGCUUCCCUCUGUCUGGCGGCCGGAGGAUGACCAAGGUGGUGCGCGACUUCCUGCAGGCUCAGCAGGUACAGGCCCCCGUGGAGCUCUACUCAGACUGGCUGACCGUGGGCCACGUGGACGAGUUCAUGACCUUCGUCCCCAUCCCGGGCACCACGCAAUUCCGGUUGCUCAUGGCCAGCACCGCAGCCUGCUACAAGCUGUUCCGGGAGAAGCAGAAGGAGGGCCAUGGGGAGGCCAUCUUGUUCAAAGGCCUGGGUGGGAUGAGCAGCAAGCGAAUCACCAUCAACAAGGUCCUGUCCAAUGAGAGCCUCGCGCAGGAGAACCAAUACUUCCAGCGCUGCCUGGACUGGAACCGUGACAUCCUCAAGAAGGAGCUGGGCCUCACGGAGCAAGACAUCAUUGACCUGCCUGCUCUGUUCAAGAUGGACGAGGGCCGCCAGGCCAGAGCCUUCUUCCCAAACAUGGUGAACAUGAUCGUGCUCAACAAGGACCUGGGCAUCCCCAAGCCGUUCGGGCCCCAGGUGGAGGAGGAGUGUUGCCUGGAGACGCACGUGCGCGGGCUGCUGGAGCCCCUGGGCCUGGCCUGCACCUUCAUUGACGACAUCUCCGCCUACCACAAGUUUCUGGGAGAAGUCCACUGCGGCACCAAUGUGCACCGGAAGCCCUUCACCUUCAAAUGGUGGCACAUGGUGCCCUGACCCGCGGGGGCCCUGGCGCCUCCCUCCCUCCCUGCCUUCUCCAGGCCCCUUGCGCCCCUCCCCCAGGCCCUUCCCCAACCUGAUCCGGACCAGAUGACCCCGCUGGAAGGCCUUGCCCUGUCCCCCCCUAAAAACAGCUGGUCCUCAGUCACGUCUGCCCAGCUCUGACGCGAGAAACAAAACCGAACACAAAACACCACGGACCCCAGCCAUUCCCCAGGGGCUCUCCUAGUCUCUAGUCCAAAACAGGAUGAGGGGAGAUGGGCAGGGGAUUCUGGGAUGGCAGUUCCCCUGGCAGCCUGAAGGUCAAGGUGGAGCACAUGGCGGGGACCCUGGGACCCCAGGCACACCUUGAACCGCCGUGGUCAUUUCAAAUCCACCUCCCUCGCCAGAUGGCUCGUUCCUCACGCCUCUCUCACACCCUCUGGCUGUCUCUCUGCACCGUAGCUGUCACCCGCCAGCCCUCCCCACUCCCUGAGGGGCCAAUCAUCUCCCUGAACCUUCCCGUCGGCAGAAUAUUCUUCCUUGGGAUUUCUCCCCAGACUGGCCGCCCGGCGGCCUCAGCGGGGUGUGGAUGUCCCGGGUCUGCCGACGCCACCUGCCCC